GAUCUCAGAGCAGUUCACAGUUUCUGAUCUGUAGAAGAGCUCAGAGCAGCGCGAGAGAAAAUGAUUCAGAGCAAGUUCAGAAGUUUCAGGCCCGUCGGUGUCAAUGAACAACAAACAUAUUCUGGUGUUGCUUCAUUGAGUCCACGUCCACCGCCUGAGAGAAGCCCCGUCACAGAAAGUGUCAUGAAGAGAAGUCAUGGCUGCACCGUCUGUGGCCGCUUCAACCCUGCACUGCACCCAAAGCCGUCACCCAAGAAAAUCGAAUUCCCAAACGACAAAUGGACCAGCGUGUGGAAUCAGUGCGCCACACAGCGCACAGGUUCAAUGUACCCACGUCCACCGCCUGAGAGAAGCCCCGUCACAGAAAGUGUCAUGAAGAGAAUUCAUGGCUGCACCGUCUGUGGCCGCUUCAACCCUGGUUUGGCACUGCCUCCGCUGAGCCAACAGAAGAAGCUCAGGACGGAUAAACAGCAGAAAGAACCCACUCUGAGAAAAGAUCCAUUUAUCCACUUAUCCACUUCAGUAGAGUACCUGAAGACUUCUCUUCACGCAGCUCAUCCAGAGGAUCGCAGUUUGAUCUUCUCCAUUCUUCAGAAAGACAGAGUCCUCGCAACAUUGAAGGAGAGAUUAGAUGGACUUGAAAUGGAAAUCAAGAAGCUCGAGGAGAGGUCGAAGGGGAUGGACAAUUACAGAGAUCGUCUUCUGGAACACGUCCCACCUGAGGUGCAAGAAAUGAUGGAGAGAAACGUAAAGGCCACCCAGGCUGACGGUACAGAAGGAAGAAACAUGAUGCUGCUGAAAAGCAUAAACCGGUCGAUGGGCUCAAUAGCUGAGCAACAGAAGAUUGUCUGUCAGGGGAUCACGAGCAGGAUAGAGCUCGUUGAAAGACUGAAGCUGGAGAUGAAGAAGAUCUCCAAAAAGAUGGCGGAGGACCAAAAAGUGCUGUCAGAGAUCAAAUUCGAAAGAUUUAGUAGGUGACCUGGAGAUCUUCAGAUACAGCGGAGCGCCAGGUAAACAGAAACCAGACCUGAAAACCUGGACACAGCAGCAGAUUCUGAAGACCAGGUAAAUAACAAGGUUUGUAUUUUGAGCUUCAGAUGAAUACCCUACUAACAAGCUAGUAUACCGCGUUUCUAAGGCUUGUUACUAGGGUAUUUCCAUAGUAAUUAUGUGCUGCUAGAGUUUUUUUAGCUGGUAACUAGGGAGCUUCAUCUGGUUACUAUGGGUUGGUAAGGUUUUUAGCUGUUUACUUUAUGUUGCUAAGGUAUGCUAGCUUGUUACUAGGGUAUUUUGGGUGGUAAUUAGGUGUAGAUAAGGGAUUUUAGCUGGUUACUAGGGUAUUUUGGCUGGUAAUUACAGGUUGCUAGGGUGUUAUAGCUGGUAAUGGCGUUACAUCUGGUUGCUUGAUGUUUUUAGGGUCUUGAAGCUGUUUACUGUGUGUUGCUAAGGUAUUCUAGCUUGUUACUAGGGUAUUUCGACUGAUCAAUAGGUUUUGCUAGGAUGUUGUUGCAAGCAGUUUUUCCACUUAUUAGCCCAUCUACUUACUUAAAAGCAGAAUUCAUCCUCUCUGUAGUUGCAGCAGCUUUACGUUAACAUGCCAGAGGAGAACUGGCCCUCCCGGUUGAGCCUGGUCUCUCCCAAGGUUUUUUUCUCCACUUUUAUACAUGUAUACAUAUAUAGUGGAGUUUUGGUUCCUUGCCACUGUUGCUCACUGGGAGACUCAAACAUAAACAUAGACAUCUUACAUUUAACGGCAGUAUAUACAUUCUAUUUGCACGAUAUGGUAUUAUUGCAAAUUUUUCUGGUAUAUUAAAUAUCUGGUAUUUUUUCAGCGCUGACAAAAUCGUUUAAAUUAUAAUAUUGUAAAUAAACCAGCAUCAGUAAUCAGUAUUAUUAUUAACCCUGAUGACUAAUAUCGCAUUGAGAAUCUGCACAUUAGCAACCAGCGGCAGUAUCACUAACAUUAUUAACCGACUGA